CCCGCCGAAAAAUUACCCUAUUCCAAUUUGAAUCUCUUAGGCUUUCACUCUACUUGAAACUCAAACAACCACCAUUACAAAAUCCAAGAAAUUCAAUUCAAUUUCAAUGGACUUAAACCCUAGGACAGAGAAAAAACUCGAUGAUUUAUGGAGAGAAAUCAUUGCAGAAGAACGAGAAAAUCUCAAUCACGACCUAAAUCGCCAUAAACAACAUCAAAUCGUUGUUACUUACCCUCGUCGGAAUACUGAUGCUGCUGUCCCAGUCAAAUCUUCGCAUAAAGAUGGAAGCAAUAAUUCGAGUACAGGAAGCCAUGUGAGUCGAGUGAGUUUUGUAAAUUAUAACCCGCAACGAGUUAGUUGGAACCGUUCUCUCUCAACAAGAGGGAGAACAAGUAUUGCAAUUUUACCAGCAGCGAAUUACAAGGAGGAGCAAAAACGGGCACCCAGCAGAAAACCACCGCUUCCUAAAGGAAAAGUUGCACAGCCCCCAAACUUUGAUAAGGAGAUAUCAUACUUUCAAGAUCUCGACACAGAUGAGUUGCUGGAAGAAAGUCCUUCUCCCAAGAAAGUUGCUUGGGUCAUGGGAAGUGAAGCUGAUAACAUACAAAUACCUCCACUUUGCACAAGAUUGGAGAAGUGGCUACAUGCUAGGAAGCAGCAUGCAAUUGUCUCACCUGGUUUGUCAACAAUAUUAAGAACUCCAGAGGAGCCACCGCAGCCUAUUCCUUUCAACUAUGAAGGGUUUGAUUCCUCUUGUUUGAGAAAGCCAGGAGAAUUUUCUCCGCACAAUGUAUCUGGUUCGCUGUCAGUGCAAGACAUGUACACAGGAUCAGAGAAGACACACAUGCAUAGUGACCGCCUAGAGGACAAGGACUUUGAUGACAUAGAAUCUGAAAUCAAGAAGCUUUCAUUGGCAUCACGGCCUAGUUCUAUUGCAACUGAUGCAUUUUUGGCCCUUCUAAAGGAAUGUGAACAACCAGCUCCUUUGACACUGCUUGAUGUGUUCUCCAAUCUCUGUGAUGCAGAUAGUAUAGUAAAGAUUGGCGAAGGCACAUUUGGGGAAGUUUUUAUUGCAGGCAAUUCUGUAUGCAAAAUUGUGCCUUUUGAUGGAGAGCUAAGAGUAAAUGGUGAAAUACAAAAGAGAUCUUUGGAAUUAUUAGAGGAGGUAAUACUAUCGCGGACACUAAAUCGCUUGAGAGGAAUUGAGAAUCUUUCAGACAAUGCUACGACAACAAUCAUACAAACAAAAGAUAUAAAGGUUUGUCAAGGUCCUUAUGAUCCCAUUCUGAUUAGAGCUUGGGAAAGUUGGGAUACAGAUCAUGGCUCAGAAAAUGACCAUCCUAAGCAAUUUCCUGAGAACCAGUGUUAUGUUGUUUCAGUCCUUGAACAUGGAGGUACUGACCUUGAAAGCUUUGUGCUCUUAGACUUCAAUGAGGCGCAGAGUUUGUUAGUUCAGGUAACAGCUGCCCUGGCUGUUGCUGAAGCUGCAUUUGAAUUUGAACACCGUGAUCUCCAUUGGGGAAACAUUCUUUUGAACAGAAAAGAGACUGCUAUAUUACAUUUUACUCUUGAAGGAAGGACGACAGCAAUAAAAACACAUGGACUCAUUGUUUCCAUAAUUGAUUUUACUCUUUCAAGAAUCAACACUGGCAACAGAAUUUAUUUUUUAAACCUAUCCUCAGACCCCGAGCUAUUCGAAGGUCCAAAAGGGGACAAGCAAUCAGAAACAUAUCGGAAAAUGAGGGAGGUCACUGAUGAUUGCUGGGACGGAAGCUUCCUGAAAACAAACGUGUUUUGGUUGCAAUAUUUGGUGGAUAUGCUGCUGUUGAAGAAAUCAUUUAAACGUUCUGGAAAAGAUGAAAGAGAUUUAAGGUCCUUGAAGAAACGAUUAAACAGUUGCAAUUCUGCAAAGGAAGCAUUCUCAGAUCCUUUUUUCAAUGAUGUGCUUAUUGAUCUUACUACCCCUAUUACUACUUGAAGAGGAAGGUGGAUGCACAAGCUGAGUUUUUGACUACUCAAAACUCAAAACAUGUGUGAUUGUUUUUCUACUCGGGCAUUUUGCAAUGAUGAAUUUGGAAGUUAUUUUGCCAUUGUAAUCUAUAACUAAUCUAAGGCUUUGUUUGGUAAAUGUUGUACAAAGCAAACGGAAUGAUAAUGGUUAAGGAGGGAGAAUGUAAACUGAAUCCCUUUGUCUCAAAAGUCGUUUGGUUUCACUUAAUAUUGACAAAAUAUUGACAAACAAA